UAUAUCGUUCGAUGUUCAAAAUAGUCGUUGAUGAAUCUACACGUGAUGUUGAUAAAAUUAUUUUUUAGUUAUUUAAAUUAAUUUUGCCAUUAUGUUUACUUCGUGUUUUUUGUGUGUGUUCAUAACUUAUUUAGCUGUAUCCCAGGGUUUUUAUCACUCUAAUAAUGAUUUGAAAUCAGAGAAUGGUUCAGUGUUAACAAAAAUUACAAAUGAUAUUGGCUCAUUAACGAUCUACAAUACAAAAAUUUUCGACAAAGAAAAAAAAAUAUUUGCGUAUAAAAAUGAAGUGACCAAAGAAUGUAUUUUAAAACUAGUUGAUGAUCAAGAAAACAUUUUAAAUUUUAAUGAUAAAUAUGACCAAAAUAUAGAAUUAACUGAAGAUGAGAUGGUUGAAAUAAUUGGCGAAAAUUUAAUAAAGUUUUGCAAAGAUAAAACCAUUAUUUUGAAUAACUUUGGCAUUAAACGUAUUAGUAGAUCAAAACGUGCAAUAGAUAAGAAACGAUAUCAAGGUCAAACUCAAACUCAAUUUGUUAGUUUUGGUUCAAAAAAUUCAAACCAAGAAACGAAAAAUGGAUUAGCCGAAGCUUUGUCACAGCCUGAUUUAUCAAGGGCAACAGUGAGUGGUUUAAAUGGAAUGGGACAAGCUCAGAGUCAGUCAAGUUUUGGUGAAUGUGAUGAAUGUUAUGAAAAAGAUUAUCAAACACAUUCAACACAUGACGUCAAUUCUCAAUCAGGAUAUUUUCCAUCACUUCGACCUUCAAGUUCUAUUUCUCAAAAUCAAAAUUCAAGACCGUAUAGCGAAUCAAAUUCAAAUAAGCAAUCACCAAGCUUACAAAAUGAAAAAAAUCAAAGAGGGCAUUCUAUCAAUGAUCAAUAUCCAGAUACGUAUUCAGGUUCAGGAAUAAAUAAUAAAUUACCAGAUAGUAAAUUUCAUGAUAUCGGGCAAUCUCUUAAUAGUCAAUAUCCAGGAUCAAUAACUAACUAUAAAGUACCAGAUAAACAGAACCAAGGUUAUGUCAUUAAUGAUCAGUAUCCAAGAUCUGAAAUAAAUAAUCAAGAUUACGGAUAUGGUACUACUCCGUCUGUCAAUAAUCGAUAUACAGAUUCAGGGACAAACAUUCAAUUACCAGAAAAUCAAGAUCAUAGAUAUGGCAUUGAAUCGUCUCUCCGUGGUCAAUAUCCGGGUAAAAUUCAAGAUUCAAAAUCAAAUAUUAAUACAGAAUUGAGUAAAAUAGACUCGGGACAUGUAUAUAAUUCUGUAAAUGAACAAAUUCCAAAUUUAGCUAAUACUAAUACACCAGAAUACAAAGAAACUGUAAAUAAUAAUUUAGUUCACUCAAACCCACAUUCCAUUAAUUCUAUUCCAUUAAAUCCCAAUAGUUGGGACUAUCCUAAUAAAAUAUAUCCAGAUGGGUCUAGGUUUCCUAAUAUUCCUUCAGAAUUGGGUCAAGGAAUACUAACUCCACAUAACACACCUAAUUAUGAUUCGACACAUCCUAGUUACAAUUGGCAAGUUCCAGUAACAACUUCAAGAGAACAUCAAAUUAAACCAUCAAAUUACCCAUCUAGUCUUAUACCUAACUAUCAACAUUCAAUGCCAGACAUCUUAGAUCAAUUAGCACUAAGUAAGCCUAUUUCAAGUGAUACAAAUUCACAAAUUAAGCAAAGGAUUUUAAAUGAAGCUGGUGGAAAUAUACAAAAUGGAUAUCCAUUAUCUUCAAAUAUACCUGGAGAUCAAGAUUAUACCCAACUAAAUUUACCUUCCUUAUGUAAUUUUUUAUAUCAGACAUGUCUUAAUGCAUUGUUAAAUAAUAAAAGACUAAAUGAAUUUCAAAUAGCUAGUUCGCAAAAUAACAUAAGAAAUCAAAACACAGGAAAACAAAUUGGUAGUACACAAGUACCUAUCAUGCAACAUCCGGGUCUCCCUUUAUAUGGAGAAGGAAUUAAUCAAAAUCAAAAACGACCUAAUUCUGGCCAACUUCAUUAUACAACUGGGUCGGAUGGAUCUGGUAUUCAACAUCCUAGUUAUACUCAAACUAGUGAAAAUAUAAAUAGACUUCAAUCUAGUUAUGACUUACCUCAAGGUACAUUAGGAUCUAGAGGAUCUGGUUUUCAGCAACCUGGAUACGCUCCAUCGGGUGGAAAUGUUAACCAAAUGCAAUCUAAUUAUGGUCAGCCUCAAGAUACAUUAGGAUCUGGAGUAUCUGAUUUUCAGCAAACUGGAUACGCUCCAAUGGGUGGAAAUGUUAACCAAAUGCAACCUAAUUAUGAUAUGCAUCAAGGUACAUUAGGAUCUGGAGGAUUUGGUUUUCAGCGACCUGGAUACGCUUCAUCAAGUGGAAAUGUUAACCAAAUGCAACCUAAUUAUGGUAAACCUCAAGGUACAUUAGGAUCUGAAGGAUCUAGUUUUCAGCAACCUGGAUAUUCUCCAUCAGGUGGAAAUGCUAACCAAAUGCAACCCAAUUAUGGUAAACCUCAAGGUACAUUAGGAUCUGAAGGAUCUGGUUUUCAGCAACCUGGAUACGCUUCAUCAAGUGGAAAUGUUAACCAAAUGCAACCUAAUUAUGGUAAACCUCAAGGUACAUUAGGAUCUGAAGGAUCU